CUUUUCCCUCCACAAAAUCCACGUGGCAAGAAAGGGGCGGGGCGACACGGAUGCAUCAAUGCAAUAUCUGCAAUUCCUAUCGCUUGUCGUUCUGUUACUUAUGUGUCACGCCAGAAAAUCAGUAUAUCGAAGAAACUCUCCAAGUCUCCGGAGGCUCACAAGAAAUUAUGACUGGGAAGUUGAUGAGCACGGUGGGCUCAAGCCGAUUAUUAAUCCGGCAAAGGUGGAAAGAGCCACAAAAAAUUGCGCCAACGACUCGUUCAUACUGGGGACAAUUAUGAGCAACUACAAUAGGCACAAAAUUCCAGGAGGCCAGGUAGACGUUGAGGUAGAAGUAUGGGUGCAAGAAAUUACGACAAUUUCGGAUAUCACAUCGGAUUUUCAGCUUGACAUCUACAUAUACGAAACCUGGUAUGAUCCAGCACUAAACUACGCGUUUAUGAACCCCUGUAAGUACAAUUUAUCCCUGAACUCGGUACUCCUGGAGAAGCUCUGGACGCCGAAUUCGUGCUUCAUCAACUCGAAAACCGCCGAUAUUCACAAAUCUCCGUUUCCCAAUAUUUUUCUGAUGAUUUAUGCGAAUGGAACUGUUUGGACAAACUACCGUCUGAAACUUCAAGGGCCAUGUAUUAUGGAUCUGACGAAGUUUCCAUUUGACAAUGUGACGUGUUCGCUGACUUUUGAAAGUUUUAACUACAAUACAGACGAGGUGAAGAUGGACUGGUCGGUGAACGGGGUCCAGAAAAUGAGGGAUAAAAUGGAAUUAGCGGACUAUGAGCUGGUGGAUAUACACAAAAUACGAACAACGGAGGAAUAUCCCGCUGGGUACUGGCACGAGCUGACAAUGUCAUUCGAGUUCAAAAGACGAGCGGGAUGGUAUAUUUUGCAGGCGUAUUUACCUACGUAUCUAACUAUUUGUAUAUCCUGGAUUUCCUUCGCACUUGGCUCCAAAGCUAUUCCGGCACGUACCAUGUUGGGAGUUAACAGCUUACUUGCAAUGACUUUCCAGUUUGGUAACAUUAUCAGGAAUCUGCCGAGGGUUUCUUAUGUAAAAGCUAUCGAUGUAUGGAUGCUGUCCUGCAUGACAUUUGUGUUCUGCUCCCUGCUAGAACUCGCCUGGGUCGGCUACCUCUCCCGGGAAGAGGAGCCAACAAGCGCAAAAUGUCUCCAACCAUCGGCUCAGGUGGCUCCAAAACCUUGUCAUCCACCGCCAGUACAACAGAAUGCCAACAACUCAUCGGUGCACCGGAGGCAGAAGCAGCCGAAAAAUGAGGAGGAGAGUGCUCUUUUGAGCUUGCGGGACAAUGAUUAUGGGUAUAUUCCACCGGGAUUUGGGCUUAAUGGCAAUGUGGCAAAUGCUAUGAAGAGUUUCAGUUCUUCAUGCUCCUGUGAGCCCACAAAUGUUGUCAAUUUGAUGCUAGACGAAGCAGAGACAAUACCCACAUCCACGUCAUCUUCUUUAUCACGAAAACAACGCCGCGAAAUACUUGCUCACAAAAUCGAUUCGGUGUCCGUUUUCAUGUUCCCCUUCCUGUUCGUACUCUUCAAUAUUGCCUACUGGCAACACUAUCUACGGGGCUAUUAAUGACCUCUUUAUUGAUUAAUUUAUUGAUUUUUUAAUGAACGGGUUUUUUGAGAAUUUUCAAGAAACAAUUUUUUUGGAAAAAAUUUUUUUUUCCAAAAAAAAUAUUUUCCUCGAAAAUUAUCGAUUUUCACUUUCCGCUCUUAAUUUUUUGAUAAAAUAUUGAUUUUUGAUUUUACAACGGGAUUUUGGUAACACUUUUGUGUUAAAAAUCAAUAAUACUAUUUAUUUGGACCACGCCCACUUUUUGAACUUUGCUCAGAAUUUUCUCAGUUUUUUUUCGAAAUUUUAUUUUUUCUAGUCAACGAAUGUAUAAUAAAUAUAAUAUUUAUGAUAAU